AGAACGAAUAGUCGCAAAAGAGUGAUAUUGUGAAGUGCACGAAAAUUCCUAAAUCAUCUCGGUUGUUAUUAAUUCGAUCAAAAUAACAAAGACGAAAACAAAAGCAAAAUAAUAAUAAUAAUAAUAAUAAUAAUUAUAAAGAUAUAAACGAAAUAUAACGUUUGACUUUUAUAUUUCGUUAAAAAAAAUAAAGAUACAUUUAUAUGUAUAUAUCGAUAUUUAACAGGAAAGAUUUUAAUCGAUAGGAAGAAAGCAAAAGAAAAGUGAUCGAUUAAUAUCGUUCCGUGAUGACAAUUAAAAACAAUCCAAUGAAAGGGUGACUAAGAAAAUCAAUAUAAUUUGAGCUUUUUUCUUCCCAACCCGAAUUAUCGAACAAUUUUUCAUUUAUUUCCUUUUGACAAUUCCAAAAGGAAUAAUAAUAAUAAGUAAUAAUUAUAUUAUUAUUUAUUCAUUUUCUUCUAAGACUAUAUUUUUUAUAUUGAAUAAAUAAUACGUACAUGUAAUAUUUGGUGUGGCUCAAUCGAUAAACUUUAUUCUCAUCGUUUAAGACUAUAAUACUCUGGUGCGGGGGGUGUAAAAGGAGAAAGGGGGUGGUAGUUUCUCGAGAUUUUUUCUUCCCCCACGACACACGAAGAGACGACAGUUUCGAUUUAUUCAACAGAACAAAGAGUUCUCGAGGGAAUGACGAGCUUAUGUCUCGUUAUGUUCUUGCUGGUUUGCAACAACAUUUUUAUUCUCGUUGAAUCCCAGCCUUUACCAGCAGACAUGAUUUACAAUAGCGAAAAUUUUGCCGAUGAAACUGAGAAGCUUAUUUUGAUAAAUAGGCUAAAACAGUUGAUGGAACAAGAAAGGGAACUUACAGAAGAGCAGCUUACAAUUCAAGCAAUGCUGGAAGCAAAGGUAAGAGAUCAUCGAGUAGAUGAUUAUCCACCAGAUGAUACGGAAACACUUCCAAUACCGAGUGCCGUGGUUCAUCAUACAUCUCCAGUUUCCAACAAACGAAUUAGCUGUGAGUAGAAUUUAUCUCUCUCUCUCUCUCUCUCUCUCUCUU